AUGGGUCACUCAAAUAUUUGGAACUCGCAUCCCAAGAACUACGGUCCUGGAUCCCGCACCUGCCGAGUGUGUGGAAACCCUCAUGGGAUAAUCAGGAAGUAUGGACUGCUGUGCUGUAGGCGGUGCUUCAGCAGCAAUGCCAAGGAAAUAGGCUUCAUCAAGGUAAGAUGA